AUGGGGCCCGAUCAUAUAAGGAAAAUACUGCGGCCUCAUCCGGGGGCUGCAUUGUGGACCCGGGGGCGCCCCGUCCCCUACGCCACUAGCUACACCCACACCUGCCAAUCUCUCUGCCCCGCUUCGCGCGCCCGGACCUCCCGGGCGAGUCCAGUCGCCCAGGCCUCCCCCUGGGCUGUUCUGCGCAGCCGCCCGCCCCGCCUGCCAGAGCGGCUCAGCCAAUCCCCUCCCACGCCGUCUUCCGCGCCCAGCCGACUUCCGGCCGAACUCGGCCGCCUCAGACCUUCCUCAAACCCUUUCCGCCCUUUUGGUUGGCCAUUCAAACCUUUAGCGGCCCGGUCACAAGUUGAAGGGAAUCCGGGAGUUUUCAGCACCAUUGGUUCCCACCCAGUAUGGCGCCAGCAAGGGCGACGCGGGGCCCAGAGGGGAGCGCUCGGACAGGCCCUCCGAAGUAGGGGAAAGGGCAGGAGCGUAGCCUCGCUGGCACCGCCCCGAGCGCUUAAAGUCGGGCGUGGCGGGCGGGACCGCGGCGUCGCCGCUGAGGACCCGAGCGCAGCCGCCCGCCCGCCCGCCGCCAUGGCCCUGCUCCGAGGUGUGUUCAUCGUUGCUGCUAAGCGGACCCCCUUUGGAGCUUAUGGAGGUCUUCUGAAAGACUUCACACCUACUGACAUGGCUGAGUUUGCUGCCAGGGCUGCCUUGUCUGCUGGCAAAGUCUCACCUGAAACUGUUGACAGUGUCGUCGUAGGCAAUGUCAUGCAGAGUUCUUCAGAUGCUAUAUACUUGGCAAGACAUGUUGGUUUGCGUGUGGGAAUCCCAAAAGAGAUCCCAGCUGUCACUGUUAACAGGCUCUGUGGCUCUGGUUUCCAGUCCAUUGUGAGUGGAUGUCAGGAAAUUUGUUCUAGAGACUCUGAAGUUGUCUUGUGUGGAGGAACUGAAAGCAUGAGCCAGGCUCCCUACUGUGUCAGAAAUAUUCGUUUUGGAACUAAGCUUGGAUCAGAGCUCAAGCUGGAAGACACUCUGUGGACAGGAUUAACAGAUUCGCAUAUCCAAAUGCCAAUGGCAAUUACUGCCGAGAAUCUUGCUGUAAAACAUCAAAUAAGCAGAGAAGAUUGUGACAGAUACGCCCUGCAGUCACAGCAGAGGUGGAAAGCUGCUAAUGAUGCUGGCUACUUUAAUAAUGAGAUGGCACCAGUUGAGGUGAAGACAAAGAAAGGAAAACAGACAAUGCAAGUAGAUGAACAUCCUCGGCCCCAAACAACCAUGGAGCAGUUAAAUAAACUUCCUCCAGUGUUCAAGAAAGAAGGAACCGUUACUGCAGGGAAUGCGUCGGGGGUUUCUGAUGGUGCUGGAGCUGUUAUCAUAGCGAGUGAAGAUGCUGUUAAAAAACAUAACUUCACACCACUGGCAAGAAUUGUGGGCUAUUUUGUGUCUGGAUGUGAUCCCACUAUCAUGGGUAUUGGUCCUGUCCCUGCUAUCAGUGGGGCACUGAAGAAAACAGGGCUGAGUCUUAAGGAUAUGGAUUUGGUGGAAGUGAAUGAAGCUUUUGCUCCUCAGUAUUUGGCAGUUGAAAAGAGUUUGAAUCUUGACCCAAGUAAGACCAAUGUGAAUGGAGGGGCCAUUGCUUUGGGUCACCCAUUAGCAGGAUCUGGGUCAAGAAUUACUGCACACCUGGUUCAUGAAUUAAGGCGUCGGGGUGGAAAAUACGCCGUAGGAUCAGCCUGCAUUGGAGGUGGCCAAGGAAUUGCGGUCAUCAUUGAGAACACAGCCUGA